AUGUCAACAGGUAGUUUGGCUCCGAACGCUUGCCAUUCGUGCUCGACAAAGAAGAAGGGUUGCGAUCGGCUACUACUGGCUUGUAGUCGGUGCAUAGAUCACAAUAGCAUAUGUCACUACGGCUCUUCUCAGAAGGAGGAACAUCAGAUUUCUUCUUCUCUUCUAGGACCAAUCUUAGCAGGACGCCAAGACUAUGACUACUUGCUAACAGCACACCUUUUCGCCACGCUCAAAGUCCUUGACCUCGGAAUAGAGGUAGUGGUGGAUGGAUACUUGAGGUCGAUCCACGAAUGGAUUCCAAUCAUCCACCCAGUCAGCUUGAGUAAACAAGCAGGAUCAUUGCAGAGCAGACCGUCUGCCGAGCUCGCUUGUCUGCUCUUACACAUUUUACUCAUCACCCCGGUGAUCCCCUCUGCUUCGGCGCCAUACAACGAACCUCUCUUACCAUCGCUCUAUGACGAUUGCAAAACAUCGUUUUUACUAUUACAAACACGUUCUAGAGGCCAUCUGCAGACCAUUCAGUCAGGCCUACUGCUCGCUAUCUACGAGCAGGGUCGAGGCCUCGUGUCUGACGCGUACGCCACCCUGGAAAUAUGUGCCAGUCUUGGCUAUAUCAAUAACCUGCACCAGUCCUUGGACUCGGCUACAGUGUUCAACGAAGAGAAAAUGCGCGUAUGGUGGGCCAUCUACUUUCUCGAUAGACUUGACUCCUAUUCCACUGGGAAUUCUGAACGAGCACCACUCAUUCGCGAUGCUCGAAUCGGUACGAUGCUUCCCAGAGAGGAUGAGACGUGGAGUAAAGGCCUCGAUCUCGGCGGCUCGUUUCAACUGCUUGCGUUUUCCGCAGACGAUGCUCAGACCGGCGGGGUCUUCUCCAGCGAAAUACAAGCGCUGUAUGCGCUACAAAGUGUUAUGCAGCUUACAAGAGAUCCUUCUGUCGAACUGGAGACACUCCUUGACCAUGGAUCAUGGAAGCUCGACAUGCUGGUGCAGAAGAAAAUUCGAGAAACCCUGAUCAUGACGUGGAAACGACUGGAGCACCAGUACACCGUGGUAACCGUCUAUCUUUUGUAG